ACAAAAGUCUAUGACGAACCACACAAAGCCGCUGGUCUGAAACAUGUUUUGCCGACGAAAAUUGUGAAAACGCCGGUAAACGGCGAUAUUUGGUGGUUGUUUCUACAAUUACACUAGAUAAUGGCGGCGUUUGUCGCCCAUCCAUCUGUGCGGAUCAGAGCUACAGAACACUCCUACGUGCCUGUGCUGUGCCAGGAUGACAAGUGUGCUGGGUGUGAGAAAGGGGUGCACAUGCACUGUCCGCUGUGUACAGUGGCCGAGGCGUACCAGGACCCUGUUAUACUCCGUGCCCACUUCCGCAUCAAACAUGUUGACAAAAGCAUCGACUUUGCAGGCUUGAAAGUAUUACGCUGCUGUAACCAUUGUGAGAUCGUGGGCACCAUCAAAGGAGAGAAGAGGUUUAAAGGAGCACACUGGCACUGCUACCGCUGUCGGAACGGCUUUAACAGGAGGGAUGAGGCCGUCAAGCACUACAAGACGCACUUCAGAAACCCACAUACCACAUUCCAAAUACAAGUUACACAGGAUGUGAAUUGCAGGCAGUACUAUAAAGGCAAUCCAGAGGCUAAUGCUAAAGCCUACAGUGGACUAGCUGUGAGUUUGGGCACGGGAGGAGACACCACUAACAUCAGCUCUGUUGUAACACCUCCAAUCCUCACCACAGGAUCAGUCACUGAGACUACCACCUUACUCACUGUUGAGCCUAAGGAAGAUGGUGAGAAUAACGGGAUGCCGCUUGGUGCUGAAGAAGAGGUUGGCUCCUCCCAGCAUGCACCAGCACAAACCCAGACUCUGGUUUUAAUGGACCCUGAUGGUAACACGGGCAACUUGAUUUAUGAUGAAGCAACAGGCAUUAUUACUGAGCAGAGUGAUGAGAUUUUGGACCUACAGAAACAUCUCAUUGAGCUCAAUGAGCAGAUGGAUGUAUUACGGCAGGAGAAAGAGAGUGUAGAGAAGAGUCUACGGUCUGAAAUCAAGCAGCUCAAAGAACAGGUCUGUAUUGCAAGUCUGGUUCAGUCUAAUGUGAAAAUGUUCGAGGAGCUGCAGGUAUAUCGCUGUCCAGACCACAGCCAGCAGAGACUUGCCAAACUGAUGUACAGUCUGCAGACUCAGCACAAAGAGCUACUACAGGCCCAGCUGGCUUCACUGAGGCAGGAAAUGCUCUCCCAGGCCAGUAGCAUUCCACCCAAUGGCCAUGCAGAAGCGCUAGAGCUUGACCCCGGUGGGGACCAAGCACAGGAACAGGUAGAGGUGGAGGUGCAGGGGACCAUAGUAGGAGGGAUUACAGGACUGGAGCUUAUAGGGGUUCCACUACAGCAAGAGCAGGUUGAACUGAGAGGGCAACUCGUGGAUUUCGGACCUCAAGAGGACACCCUUUCCAGUCUGGAAAGCCCAAGCUCUGACGCAGCACUAACCCAUAACCUGGAGGUGAAACCGGAAGUUUCUGCGGCAUCUAGGAAGCGAAGCUCUGAGGAGGAUUGCGGAGGGACAAGUGAAGGCAAAGUGUCACGUGUUAGUUAAUGCUUAAAAAGACUUACAAAAAACAUGACUCUUUCCUCUGAUUCUUGCAUACUAGUGAUAUAGGCAGAUCUUAUUAUAACAUAUGCGAUAGCUACAUUGACUUCUCCUGAAUGUACUGUACCGAUUCUAAUUUUAGUGGUCAUUUCAUUGUCUUAUAUUGGCUUGUACUUCAUAUAUUUGUUAAAGCAAAUGCAAUCCAUACGUGAUACAAUAUUAACAAAGCAGUUAUUCUUUACUGCCUGUAAUUAUUGAGCUAUAAAGACUAAAGUGUUUACAGUUUUAAUCUAAAGUCAGCAUUCUUUGAUGUUCA